AAACUUAUUAUUCCUUCGAGAAUACUGUGUUAUAAUGGAUAAAGCUUUCGAAAUACAAAAACAAGUGCGGGAUAAUGUUAAGACAUUGGAAACAUACUUGACAGAUUUGCAAAAUUGGGAAGCGGAGAUGAAACGCAAAGAAGCCGCCCUCAACGGCGAAUUUGAGCAGGAUCUACCACCUGUAAGAAGCAAGAUAAAGAGAGACAAGCCAGUUGUAGUUAGCAAAAAGCCAGAGAAGAGGAUAUCAUCAUCUGAUUAUCAGUCUUGGGAGAAAUUUGACGUAGAUAAAGCAUGUGAAGAGAUAGAUAUGGCAGAGGUGGGUCCAGUGUCGCUCGAUAGCAAAAAGAGUCAGGCAGCAAAACAGGAGAAGUUGAGAGAGGAAGCUCAGUAUGAGAAGGAGAGGGGCAAUGCAUUUGUGAGGCAGGAUAAAUUGGAUGAAGCCAUAUCGUGUUACAGUAGAGCCAUCGAAUUAGUCAAAGAUGAUGCUAUCUAUUUUGCUAACAGAGGCUUGUGCUACCUCAAAAAAGACAGUUUACACCAAGCUGAAACAGAUUGUUCAGAGGCGAUCCGCCUUGAUCCGACAUACGUGAAGGCAUUCCAACGUCGCGCUACCGCCCGAGAGCGUCUCGGCUCUCUCAGAGCGGCGUCACAGGAUCUGAACGAGGUGUUGAAGUUGGAACCACAUAAUCUAGCGGCCAAGAGACAGCUGGAGACGAUCAAAAUCAGGAUGGGGACUAAAGGCUUAAAAUCUAAAUGCUCUCCAUCAUCAACGCCAACGAUAGAGAACAAUCCCAUGAUAAAACCCAAACCAAAGCUGCAGCCAAAAAUAAUUGAACUGCCUGACGAACCAGCCAAGACAGAACUGUCACCGUUGGACAAAUGGAGGGAGGGAAUCGGUGAAAGAAUCACUGUUAUUACACCAGUGAACAAACCACCCCAUCUAAGAUCUAAGAGACCACUAAAAUCUAUCGCCAUUCAAGAAAUACCAUUAAGCGAGUUAUCUCCCAAAAGGCCAGCCACUCGAAUGAAGAUAAUUGAAAUAGAAAACAAUUUAGAACGCGGGGAUACAAAUAAUAAUGAUUCGAACAAAACUGGUGAUGCGGAAAUGGUGGAUAAUAAAGGUAAAGGAGAUUCGAGUCCGGAAUCUGUGAAGUUGAUAACAGAUAUACGUGUCAACGAGAAACGGGACUGUGUAAAAAAUAUGACGCCGCCGCUGACCAGUGUCCAGUUCAUGGCGGAAUGGAAAUAUCUGAAAGGGAAUGACGCCGCUAGAAGUGAUUACUUGAGUGUGAUAGACCCAUCAAAAAUUCCUACGAUCUUCGAGAACGCUCUAGAAAGCGACGUGCUGUCUGACGUGUUACGUAUCCUGCAUCAGUACACGGACAAGUUCAAAGAGAAGACAGUGUCUGCCUACCUCCGGGGGCUCUGCACCGUGAAGAGGUUCUCAGCGUUAGCCAUGUUCCUAUCCAGCAGUGACAAGCAAGUCCUGACAAACCUGCUCCAACACUGCAAGACGGCUGAGAAUGCCAGUGACGACGAAAUACAAGAUCUGAAAAACAAAUAUGAAAUUUAAAGACUACUAGUGUUAGAAUAGGUAUGAAAAUUGUAAUUCCGUUACUACCUUCACAUGGAUGGUGAUAGACACAUAUCCUUCACUAGUCACUAGUCCCAACUACUUACACUCCACUCCACAGGGGUAAAUGGAUUGUUAGGAAUAGAGGUCUAACAGCCCAGUGCGUGAAAUGUAUCUAGGACCUGUCAAAUCGACUUCCAUGUGUGUACCCCUGGAAACCGUCGAAGUAUAUAUAAUUUUUUUAUGAAUUCGUCAGUGUGGAUCCACUGAUCUGCUUUCAUCCUCACCUAUCAUCUCUCACUGGUGUCUCACCAGCGUAUACCGGUGGCGCAGGCGGGGUCCCAUUCCAUUUCCUCUAAUUCCCAUUUUUAUUCUCCUUAAUUCUCCCCGUCGUAUUCUUUUUAAGGGAUUAUUAUGAAAUGGUAAUCCCGUCAGUUCUAUCGGUAUAUCCUGUGGCACCAGCGAAGGAUGAUAGAUGAAGUUUCACGAACGUCAUGAUGGUUUCCAGGGGGUACUGCGUGGCGGUUAUCUUCACAGAGUUGCUAGUAGUUCGAAUUACUAACAAUCCCUUCCCCCCCCCCCCCACUCCCUUCGUGUUGCAAGUGUUCAUGAGAGAUUAUGAUCUAACUGAGCCUCCACAACAGUAAAACAAUCUAUGUUAAUGUAAUAAUGGCCAUAGGUUUACUAAUUACUAGGUAGGUAUAGGCGUGAAUUUACUGGGCACAGAGGAAUAACAACACAUGGGGGGUAUCAUGGGCGAAACAGUAUAGUCUGUUAUGUCCAUGGUACUGCUCAUGUCUAUAGGAUAGGCGACGGUUACCACUUUUCAUCAGGUGGGCCGUCAGCUUAUUUGCCAUUCUAAGUUAUAUAAAAAAAAACUAAUUGUCUUCAUAGAGCCACCAGAGAUACGCUCCCAAAAUAUAGUAUUAUGUAUUUUUAAUAAAUUCAAAAUAUGAACAACAAUCUUAUUAAAAGAAAUAUAUCAAACGUUACUUACGACAAGUAUUUGUUUUAAUUCGCCAUUAUAAUGGCGGAUUUAUACAAAUCAGAUUACUAGAUAUAAUGAAUGAAUUUUCAGUUUUUUAUUUUUUUUAUUUUAUUAUAAUUUAAAUUUGUAAUGUAACAAACAAAAUUAAUUUUAUUAUUUCAUGAAAGACAAAACAUUAAAUGUUUGUUUAUGUUUAUAAGGCUUCAAUACGAAUAAUUGUUAUAAUUUUAUUACAGUAGAAUCUCGAUUAUACGAAUCGAAUAAAACUAGGGCUAUUCCGUAUAAUCGAAAAUCCGGAUAAUCGAUUUCAAAGUGAAGUCAAACAAUAAUUAUAUUUUAAUAUUUAUUUUUAAUUAUGUAAAGGCCUUUACAUAAGUCGUUUAGACAAUACGAUAUAAAAAAAAAUUACGAACUAAUAAGAUAAUUUACCCUAUUAAUAUAUGAUUCCAUUUUCAAAUCGAAAAUUAGUGCCGUAGGAAUAAGUCCGGAUAAUCGAAUAUUCGGAUAAUCGAGAUUCAACUAUAUUACAGGGAAACUCAUAAUGUAGGCAAAAAAUCACAUGCAUAACUAUCUUAUAUAUAAAAAUCACGUGUCAUCAUGUUUAUGAUCGAACUCCUCCGAAACGGCUCGACCGAUUUUUAUGAAAAUUUUAUGUAUAAUUAGUAGGUAUGAGAAUAAGUCGUAAAGUAUAUUUCAUACCGCUAGGUGAUUAGGGUGUCCCUAUCCGGAAAAAAAUAUGUGGCAGAACAACGUUUGCCAGGUCAACUAGUUAUUUAUAUAAAUGACAAUCCAAAUGGCUUAUAUAAACAGUAAGCUAUUAGCUCAAUUUUAUUAAAAAUGGCGGAAUACAAUAAAUGAAUUAAUUUCACAGACUAUUGCAAUAGUAGGAUAUUUGAAUUCACUCAUUUGAGUCGAUUAGUUUUCUUAAGUUGGCAAUAGGGUCGAUUCUGAGGCGCAUUUUCUGAAUUUGAUUGUAAAAUUAAAAUUUACAAUUUGUUAUAACAAUGAUAUGUUUAUUCGAAGGAUUGAAGUAAAUGUUAUUAUAAAUUUAUUUUAUAGUGAUCGAAUAAAACUGUUACAUCUAAUAAACUAUCAAAUUAAAAUGUUCGUAACAGACUCGGCCCUAUUGUAAAGUUUAGUGUAAUUUUUUUAUUGGUGCAAAUUGAAUUUCGUGUUUCUGUGAUUAUUUCUUUAAGUGUCAAUAAAUAUUUUUUAAUGAA